CGUGAAAAGAUUGCCGCUCAAAAAGUAGCGUACCGAAAACUAAGGUUAUGUUAUUGGACGCCACAGUAUAGGUAUUUUGUGUUUCGAGAUGGUGCAGCAUAAAAAUCAAACGCUGAUUCGCAUCGUGAGUGUGGAUCAUUACAUGAGCAAACCGGAUGCACAAUUUGAUGCGUGCUAUUCUGAUUUCCGUGGUGCGGAAAUAAAGCAAGUGCCGGUCAUACGCUUGUUUGGCUCAAACUCGGAAGGCGCGCAUAGCUGCGUCCACAUCCAUGGGGUGUUUCCAUACUUUUACAUCCCCUACGAUGGUUCCAUUGCCGACAAGCUGGCACUGGACCAAAAGAUCUACCAGCUUGCCUGCGCUCUUGACAAAGGUUUAAACGUUUCGCUUGGACGCUCCUCAUCCCAAGCGAAACACAUCUUCAAGAUAGUGUUGGUGAAAGGAAUUCCCAUCUACGGCUAUCAUCGUAAUCCGCAUCACUAUUUCAAGAUCUACAUGUACAAUCCGUAUCUGGUUCGCAAUGCCACUCAAUUGCUGAUGAACGGAACGAUCCUUUCGGGAGCGUAUCAGGUUCACGAAACCCACAUACCGUACAUUCUGCAGUUCUUCAUCGACUACAAUCUUUACGGGAUGAGUUUUUUGGAACUAAACACGAAAGGUCUACGUCAGCGAACGAAUGAUGCCGACACCGAUAGCAAUAUUCCACCGAAAAUGUCCACGUCCGAGUACGAGAUAGACGUGCGUGCAUCGGACAUUCUGAAUCGAGAGCCUGAAGACAAGGACAAGGACAGCGGAGAAUUUGCUAACCCGGGCAUUGCUUCCAUCUGGAAGGACGAACAAACACGACGCUUUUUACUCGGUUUGGACCAACCGGAGCGCAUGAAUCUUUCACAGGACAGUGGACUAGUGCAAGAAGUAGUCACUGAAAGUGAUCGAUUCUACCGAGCACGGCUGCUGGCAAAGCUUCAGUCGAAGGACCAAACUCCCAGCUCUGCUUUGGAGAAUCAACGUAAGCAGCCCAUCUCGGCCUAUCCAUCAGAGGCAGCCGAAGGCGACAUGUUGUUGGACGCAUCACACAUAGAGAAUCACGCACAUCCCAGUGCUGGACACAGCAAUGAGAGUUUGUACGAUUCUCAAAUAAGCUAUCAUUUCGAUGCUUCGGCGGUGAUGGUCGAUGAGGAGAAAAUCAUAUCCAUGUCACAGAAUCCGGAUGCAACGCUCGGAGAGGAGGAUUACAACAUGUUGGAAAUUAUGCGAAACCUCGAAGAGCAGGAAUCGAACAACAUUGAGAGCGACUGUCUGUUGGCACCAUUGACCCAGCAGUCGGGCGAAAGUAAUCGCAUCAUCAUUCAAGCCAGCUUGAACUUAUCACAAGCUAACAAAAAGCUAAACGCUUCCAUGUACGGAGAUCUGGAGGCAAUUUGUUUUAUGUCUGAUGCGGUAGAGCAGCGUACGCUAGAUCCGGAUGAUGUUAGCUUUGAUUCGGAUGAUGAAUUUCUGUUAGACUUUUCUCAAAAGCAAUCGUGCGCCGGAGGCAGUGCACUUGUGGCCGAAACAAACAAAUUCUUCAGCGACUGCGACGACGACCUGUUGUCCGGAGGGCUCAUCCCACAGUUAGACGGUAACGAUGAUUCCUUCAAGCCCAGCUCUUCUAAGCGAUCUAGACUGGCUAGACAGGCGACGCCAUCGCCCACCAGCUCAGCGGCUAAAAAAAUAUGCAUUGAUUUAACUCAACCUUUGGCGAGAAAAUCUGUGACGCCGCGUAGAGUUACGUUCGCCGUGUCCCCAGAGGAAAAGAGUAAUGAACGUGCCAAGCGUGUACUGAAGGAGUUUGAAGAAUCGUCACCGAACACACUGAAGCCAUUUGAAAUAAGGAUUCCGAAAUUGGGGCUGAUUAAGAAAUCUAUUCUGCACACAAACCGAAAUCGUACCUCGCCGAAGUCUGGUACAUCCCCAAAAUCUGGUGAAUUCCCCAAAACGAUAAGAAACCUUCACGUGUGCGUAACGAAAUUGGAUCCAUCCGCUUACAAUACAAGCCGUACAGCGCGUCCAAACGCCAACACGAGUGAUCGAUACGAACUGGCUCGAACGUACGACCUGGUCCACAAUUACGAUCCGAUGGAAGGUCCUUCCACACCGAAAUCAGAGCGCGUGCGGCGAAAAAGUUCGUCCUCCUACGGGAAAGGCCAGCCAAAGCCGAAGAUGAUGAAGCUGGAUGACGAGCAACAGAUCGAGCUGAUCCUUUCGGAAAGAUUUAGAAACAUCGUACGCCUUUCUCCAAAAGUGCUGAUUAAACCGUUGCUCCUAAACGAAAAGGUGGCUGUCAAUAGCGAACUGUCAUUGGACGUAUAUUCAUCGCCAGGCAAGGCGCGUCCCGAAGAUGAUGACCAGCCAACUGACAAGGCUGGCGUUGCAGAAGCUUCUGAGGAACAAAAUUCGACUCGGUCAUCCCCAACGGUCGAAGUUGCCACACAAUCAACUGAAUCUAAAGAAAAAGGUGCUCCAACAACUGAUUCAGAUUCAAGUUCGGACGCUGUUACAACUCCACCCCAACAGCAAAGCGAACAAACGGUGGAAAGCGAUGGAAUGGAUGUAGAAUUUUCGUUGCCAACCAACAGCGAUCAUUGCGAUACGGAUAACGAACUCACCAACGCUUCGAAUGGCCAGAACGUGGAAAAAUCAGCGGAAGAUAAAACCACACACCUGGACGCAGAAAUAUCUAUUUCGGAUGAUGAUUGCGACGAUAUACAGAUGAUCACACCAAGUCUAUUGGAAGAAACUGCCAUCGCGGGUCUGUUCGAGAAGAAUGAUGGCGCUUUGCUAGCUACGAUCGAUUUAUCGGAUGACGAGAGCCAGAAACAGACUGAGCCGACUGUGAACAUCAGCACACAACUGGAUGGAGUUGUUGAACUGAUGGACGAAGGCCCGGACGAGCAACAGCAGCAACCUAAAGCCACGAAUAAUCCAGUAGAAACUGUAGAAUCGGAAGAAGAUAAUCCGAACAUAGAAAGUUUCUGCGAACGAACGCUUGUGUGUGAGCUGGACGAAAUAGUCACCGAUUCCGACGAUAGCUGCCUUGCUGAACCAACGGACAAAGGAAACGCGGCUGAGGACAAUCAACCCGUCACCAUAUCGUUGGCUGCGCCGGCACCAACCCGUCAGGAUGCACAGCGGGCAAUAGAUGAGUUUGAAAUUCCUGCCAUCGUCAAUCCGACACCGUUCUAUAGCGAUCCGGCCGAUGUAACGGGUCGGAAAGAAGUCGGUCAUACGGUUUUAAACAUAGCGGGCAAUAGUUUGAACGAUCAGGAAGAAUUUACCAGCACGAUUGCAGGUCUCGGAUCGCUGAAGCAAGUACGGUACGAUAAUCUGCAGCGUACGUUCGGGAAAAACAUCGACGACGUGAUAGGACCGAUCGGACAGACUGGUCCCAAUUCCGAUCGAAUGAAAGAGUUGCUAGCCUCGGAAGGGUCUGUCGUGAUUAGCCCAGCAGAACUUCCACCAAAUCGUGUCGAAGCGAUCGCUUGGAUUGAUAACCGAUGUCGACAGCGGCAGGACGAUGAACCAAUCGUGACCAUUGAAUCGGACAGUCCUAUAAAGGUGAAGACGGCGGAAACGAUCAUGGCACUGGAGGAUGUUGGUGCUGCUCAACCGACCAGCCUACCACCAACAAAGAUUGACAUUGAAUCUUCACUCAAUCUUAGCGUGUUGGUGGGACAAAGCGAAGUGACCACCAAUGGAACAGGCGCAAAAAACCUAGCUUCGCAAACCAUGACAAAGAACUGUGUAAACGCAACGGACGAUAAGGACACAAACGGGACGACUAAUGGUUCCAAGAAUAUGGAAGUGGAUAGUGUGACUUCCCAAUUUAACAAACCUCCAACUUUGGAAGAUGUCGCGGAAGAUGAUGUCGAAAUGUCCCAGGAGGAACAAGUACAACUAGGUCAGGAAAAUCCCGCACCUUCGCCCAGAAUAGGCGCGUCGGAUCAAUCGGACAUAAUUGAACAAAGCAAUGCCGACAUCUCGACGGCCACACCAGUCGACAACACGUUCGGGUACAAGGUGGGGUUCGAAAACUUGCAGGACGCCAAAGCCAAGUGUGAGUACAAUUAUCUGACAAUAAUGUCGAUCGAAGUGCAUGUGAAUACUCGGGGCGACUUGCGGCCAAAUCCGGGCACUGAUCCUAUUGCAGCGAUUUUCUACCGCAUCCAUAACGACGUUCCUUCGGACCAUCCGAAGGCAUCGUCCGUCUGUGGCAUCAUACUGAAUCGCGACCAAGCGCAGCUAUCGUGUGCAGCGAGCGAAGCUGGCGAUGGUAAGAUGUGCUUCAAGUACAACCAAUCGCCAAAUGUGGCGGACGUCGUUACUGUGUCCGGAGAACUGGAACUGUACGAAAAGUUUCUACUGCUCAUUUCCUUCUGGGAUCCGGACAUAUUUACCGGGUACGAGAUCGAAUCCGUAUCCUGGGGCUACGUAAUCGAGCGUGGCUACGCGCUAGAAAUUAAUCUAAUGAAGAAGCUUUCCCGCGUCCCGUCCGUGGACAAGGUGCAUGUGACGGAAGAGGAACAGCGGGAACUGCUAGAGAUGCAUGAUUACAGUGCGGGCCUAAAGAUUCCUGGCCGUAUACUACUGGAUAUUUGGCGUCUGAUGCGGCACGAGAUUGCUCUCACGUCGUACACGUUCGAAAACGUUGUGUACCACGUGUUGCAUCGCCGUGUACCGAACCAUUCCUACCGACAGUUGACCCGUUUGUGGAACAAAUCGUACAGCCGCUGGAUAGUGCUAGAGUACUACCUGGAGCGUGUGAACGGAAACUUUGACAUACUGAAUCAGCUCGAUCUGAUUAGCCGAACCGCCGAGCUGGCCAAACUGUUCGGCAUACAGUUCUACGAGGUACUGUCCCGUGGGUCUCAGUUUCGCGUGGAAAGCAUGAUGUUGCGCAUCGCCAAACCGAAAAACUUUGUAUCCGUUUCGCCCAGUAUCCAGCAGCGAGCGCACAUGCGUGCACCGGAGUACUUGCCACUGAUCCUGGAGCCAAAUUCGCGCUUCUACGCCGAUCCGAUGAUUGUGCUGGAUUUCCAAAGUCUGUAUCCGAGCAUUAUCAUUGCCUACAACUAUUGCUUUUCGACCUGUUUGGGUCGUAUCGAGCACUUAGGAGAGGACACAACGUCGUUUGAGUUCGGCGCAUCGCAACUACGUGUUCCUCCAAAGAUGCUGAAGGCACUGCUGGAUAAGAAUCUUGUCACCUUUUCUCCUUGUGGCAUUGCGUUUGUAAAGAAACGGGUACGCGAGGGAGUACUCCCUCGGAUGUUGAGCGAAAUCCUCAACACUCGUCUGAUGGUGAAAAAAUCGAUGAAGCUUCAUAAGGACAACACCGCCCUGCAACGGGUGCUUCAUUCGCGUCAGCUCGGGCUGAAGUUGAUCGCGAACGUGACGUACGGCUACACGGCAGCCAACUUUAGCGGACGCAUGCCGUGCGUCGAAAUUGGCGACAGUGUCGUGGCGAAGGGACGAGAAACGCUCGAGCGAGCGAUCAAGUUGGUCGAGUCAACGGAACGCUGGGGAGCAAAGGUAGUGUACGGCGAUACUGACUCACUAUUUGUGCUGUGUCCGGGACGAAGCAAGGCGGAUGCGUUCAAAAUUGGUGCCGAAAUAGCUGAAGCGGUUACGAAAGAAAAUCCACCACCAGUCAAACUGAAGCUAGAGAAAGUCUACCAACCAUCGAUACUGCAGACGAAGAAACGCUACGUGGGAUACAUGUACGAAUCGGCAGAUCAAGAGAAACCGGUGUACGAAGCGAAAGGUAUCGAAACGGUCCGCCGCGAUGGAUGUCCCGUUGUGGCAAAGAUGCUCGAGAAGGUGUUGCGCAUACUGUUCGAAACGUGCGACGUGUCGAAGGUGCGGCAGUACACUUGUCGACAGUUUACGAAAAUUCUCGAGGGACGCGUCAACCUGCAGGACUUUAUAUUUGCGAAGGAAUUCCGGGGCGAAAGCGGUUACAAACCGGGGGCGUGCGUACCAGCCCUAGAACUGACGAGAAAAUGGAAGCUAACCGAUCCACGCCGUGAACCUCGUCAAGGGCAACGGGUACCGUACGUGAUUGUCAGUGGUCCACCCCUCGUGCCCCUCAUUCGUCUGGUGCGAAGUCCGGAUGAACUGCUCUCGAACGAAGGUCUCAAAAUUAAUGCCAAUUACUACAUUACGAAGGCUAUUAUUCCACCCCUGAACCGAUGUCUUCUGCUAAUCGGCGCGGACGUAAACCAGUGGUACAAUGAGCUGCCUCGCAAGACGCUUAUGUUACACAAUACCGGUGGAAUUGGAGGUGGCGGUUGUGUUGCGUCGACCAACAAGCCACCGAUAAGGAAUGCGUCCGAUCAACAAAUGCAUAAAAAAGUUACUAUCUCACAGUACUUUUCGACCACAAACUGCAUCGUGGACUGCGGCAAACAGACGCAACAGGGAGUAUGCAGAGACUGCCGCCAGAAACCUCAACGAGCGUUGGUGCAUGUGAUGAACAAAGUAAACAAACUGGAACGGAAACUUGAGCUCACGGAGAAGAUGUGCCGAUCGUGCUGUCAGCGUACGUUUGAAACGGCCUGCAGUUCGCUGGACUGCCCGGUAAUGUUUUCGUUAAAUCGACGCACGCUGGAGCACAAGCAAGUGCAGUACUAUCGGGAUCUGAUCGCACAGCUGUUCUGAGAAAAUAGUAAUCGU